AUGUCGUCCCUUCCGCCAGUGUACAUCGUUUCGGCUGCCCGUACGCCCACGGGCAUGUUUUUGGGCUCCCUUUCGAGUCUGAGUGCUGUGCAGUUGGGCUCGCACGCCAUCAAGGCUGCCGUUGAGCGCGCUGGCAUCAAGCCUACCGAUGUUGAGGAGGUCUUUGUUGGCAACGUCCUCUCCGCAAACCUCGGCCAGAACCCCGCUCGCCAGUGUGCCAUUGGUGCCGGACUUCCUGAAUCCACCGUUGCGACCACCAUCAACAAGGUGUGCGCCUCCUCCAUCAAGGCCCUCAUUGUUGGCGCCCAGACCAUUAUAACCGGCAAUGCCGAAAUUGUCGUGGCUGCCGGUACCGAGAGCAUGUCCAACACCCCCCACUACCUCCCCAACCUUAGGACUGGUGCCAAGUUCGGAGACCAACCGCUGGUCGAUGGUGUUCUGAAGGAUGGGUUGACCGACGCAUACAAGAAGGAGCACAUGGGACUUCAGGGAGAGGAAUGCGCAGAUGACCAUGGUUUCUCUCGUGAGGACCAGGACGAGUACUGCAUUCGUUCAUACAAGAAGGCCAAUGCCGCGCAAGAGGCAGGCUGGUUCAAGGAGGAGAUUGCCCCCAUCGAGGUUCCAGUAGGACGCGGCAAGCCUCCUGUCGUUGUUGACAAGGACGACGAGCCUAAGAACUUCAACGAAUCCAAGACCCGCACAUUGAAGCCUGUCUUCAAGCCCAAGGACGGUACCGUCACCGCCGCCAACGCUUCGCCGCUCUCCGACGGUGCUGCCGCUCUUGUCCUUGCAUCUGAGGCAGCUGUUAAGAAGCAUGGCCUCAAGCCCAUUGCCAAGAUCCUCGGUUGGGGUGACGCUGAGCAGAACCCCUCCAAGUUCACCACCGCUCCUGCGCUUGCCAUGCCCAAGGCUCUCAAGCACGCCAAUGUAGAGCUCUCCGCUGUCGAUGCUUUCGAGAUCAACGAGGCGUUCAGUGUCGUUGCGCUCGCCAAUAUGAAGAUUCUUGGUAUCCAAGAAGACAAGGUCAACCUCCACGGUGGCGCUGUUGCGCUGGGCCAUGCGCUUGGUGCUUCCGGUGCCAGAAUCACAACCACAUUGCUCGGUGUACUAAAGGAGAAGAAGGGCAAGAUUGGUUGUGCUGGAAUUUGCAACGGUGGUGGAGGCGCGUCUGCCAUUGUUGUUGAGUCGCUACAGUAGAUACAAGGUCUUUGCGAUGAACCGUAAUGCUGGAAUGAAUCAACAUUGUCCAAAACAUCGUAGCGGCAAACCUAUGUAUUCAUGCACAAACGUGAGAACCGGAGCAUUUUGCUAGAGAUAUACAACUACCAUCAUAGCAUACACUAAUAUACAGCAGACUAGA